CUUGUAUACAUUUGGAUAACAUUGCAACCGUUUUAAGAAAACUCUGCUUCUAAUAUAUCAUGCAUGAGUGUCAAAUUGAAAAGUGUGAAAAACAAGUCAAAUAUUCAUAUUCACUCACGAGUAUAAAUUAAAAAACAACAACUUAAUUUACAUACAGAGGACAAGGAGCAAUGUUUUGGAGGACCAAAUAUCUGAAGUUUUAUCUUGGGUCUUUAUUUAUAAUGCUGUGUAUUUAUUUACUGUUUGUUGCAUUGAUUUUACUUAAACAUAAAGUUCAACAAUGGCAGGAUGAAGUCUCGUCACAUCUGGAAUAUUGCGAUUCAUGCUUAAAUCAUGGACAUAAGAUAAAUAUAGAUACCAAUGGUGAACUGGAACUUAGUCAAAAACUUGAGAAUAUUCCAAGGAACAAAGACUUGAUCAAACAUAUAGGAAAAGAUUUUAAAAUGGUUACAGAUUAUGAUUUUCUGCCUGAUGACAAUCAUGACACUGUUGGGAGAAAUAUAAACAUUGUUGAAGAAGUAAAUGAAGAGGAGACUAGAGAAGAAAAAAAGAUGAAUGAUAAUGCAGAAGAUGCUCCUUCAGAGAUGGACACAGAACAAGAAAAAUAUAUUGUUUAUCUCUGUGUGAAACCCUGUGGAGGUUGGGGUGAUCGUAUGAUGGGGAUUUUCACCACUUAUAUAAUGUCUCGUAUAUUUCAACGUAAGUUUAUCAUUGCACAGCAUCAUCCCUGUGACCUUAAAUCAGUUUUAUUGCCUAAUACUCUCAACUGGACAUGGCCAGCAUCGCUACAAACAUAUAUGGAUGUCUUGAACCCUGCUGGCUAUAACAAUUUAUACAUCAAAUAUUUUUCAAUUCUUGAUAACAACAAGGACUUCCCAGUGAAUGAAAUUAUGAACCAAAGAGAAGAUUUAAAUAUGUUGUACAACCAGCAUUUAUGGGUGUUUCGUACAAAUAACGCGUUUCCAUGGGCAUUUAGUAAUAAUCCUACUUACAAUGGGAGUAUAACAGCAAUGGGAUAUAAUGAAAGCACAUUUUCUCUGAGGAACAUGUUUAGAGAUGUCUACAAUGCUUUAUUCAUAUUAACCCCAGCCUUGGAAAGCAGAUAUAAUAGCUUUAUGCAAGAAUGCAAAAAUUCGAGAUUGGUUUGUACUCAAGUAAGGACAGGGCAGAACCCAUCUAUGCCAGAUGAUGUAGAACUGGCAGCUGUAGAUAUCAGAGCCAUCUGGCAAUUCAUUCACACUAAGCUACACCCACAGAAUGAUCGUCUAUUUGUGACGACUGACUCUGAAGAAGUUCGGCAAAAUGCUUCAAAUGAAUUUGGGAAUGUAAUAAUUGACACAGUGGGAAAUAUUACACAUGUUGACAGAUAUGGAUCCAACUGUAAUGGCAUGGAGAAGGUGGCCCUAGAUUUCCACAUCUUAAGUCAAUGUGAUUUACUGUUAGUCAGUCGGAGCAACUUUGGUGGUUUAGCUGCAAUGCUUAGACAUACACGUGAAGACCUUUACAUCUUGUAUGAGAACAACAUUUAUGAUGCUACCGAUUCAGAAACAGAAAAAAAACUAUGCGAAGACAAUAGAGAUAUGAAAACCAAAACCCUAUUUUGUGAUCAGGAAUAUAUCUUCAAUUCUUUCUAAAAAAAUGAACUUCAAACCUUGGUUUAAUUUACUCAAUGACAAAGUUGAAAAAAUCAACAAAUUUGCC